CAUCAUAAAAUAAUAUGUUGUUUUAUUCAAAUAUCUCUGUAUUUAAGAUUUUAUGAGAUGGAUGUAAAGACAGUCAAUACGCAGUCACAAGGGUCUUUUCCUAUUCCAACAUAUGUCCUUGAUGAUUUAUGCAGUCGAUUCAUUAUAAAUAUCCCAGAUGAAGAAAGACAGGAUUUGAUCCGAGUGUUCUUUCAGAUAGAGCUGGCUCAUUGGUUUUAUUUGGACUUUUAUUGUGCCGAAAAUCCAGAGCUCAGAACAUGUGGAAUUAAAGAUUUCUCGGCACAGAUUUUCAAACAUUGUCCAUUUCUAAGUGGACAUGCUGGAGAAGUGGACAAAAUCCUGGACAAUUGGAAGAGUUAUAAAAUGAGUGUGCCAACAUAUGGAGGAAUUCUGCUAGAUCCAGAGAUGAAAUACUGUUUGCUUGCCCAGGGAUUCUGGACAAAAAGCAGUUGGGGAUUCCCUAAAGGCAAAGUAAAUGAGAAUGAGUCUCCACAUGACUGUGCUAUAAGAGAGGUAUAUGAAGAAACUGGUUUUGAUAUCACUCCACUGAUAGACAAGAAUGAGUUUAUAGAGAAUUUUUUUAAUGACCAGCUGUCUAGAUUGUAUAUCAUUACUGGAGUGGGGCUAGACACUAAAUUUCAACCAAAAACAAGAAAAGAAAUCAAGAGUCUUCAAUGGUUUCCUGUAGAUGUCUUGCCAGCUCACAGACGGGACCAAACACCCAAAUCCUUAGACAUGAAUCCCAAUAACUUCUUCAUGGUUAUCCCUUUCAUCAAACCACUUAGGAAAUGGAUAUCUAAAAAAUCAGGACACGCUCAUUUCAACAUCAUGGAUGCUGAACUUGAUGUAAAGGGAGGCAAUAUAUCGGUGCCUAAACAAAUGAAAAUGAGAGACCAACCAGAAGGGAAUACAAGACAAUUUAGUGAAGGCAGGGCCACUCAAAGAGACAAACAAAAGCAGAAACUGCAGCAGUAUUUUGCUCAGCAGAAUCAAAAUGAAUUCCAGGAAUAUAUGCAAUACAAGGAAAAGAAACAACGUUCUGAUUCUCCACGGAAGGAAGCGGGAAAAACACAAGGGAUAGAGAACAAAUCACCUAAACCUAAAAAACAACAGUAUUCUAUCUUGAAUCGUGAUGGUACUGUGACUGGUACACAGCCCAGUUUACUACAGAGUCCCCAAGGUCAAAAUACUCCAUCUGGAGGCCAGUCAAAAAGAAAUUUAGGCAGCUAUUUCAAUAGUCCAGGUAGCUACCAAGGUCCUAGACAAUCAAAUUUUAACAAUAGUGCAUCAAAAUCUUCCCAAGCAGGAAAUGUGAUUGAAGAAAAUAAAUCUGUUCAACAGAGACAAAGAAAGUAUAAAAAGAUAACAGACCCUGAUGGACUAGGAUCAGAAACAUGGCUAAAUUUCCAUCUGGACGUGGAUGCUAUCAUGGCAUGUCUGCCUUAGAUGUAUAUACAUUUUAUGUAGAAACAGCAUAUUUUUAUGCUUUCAUCAGAUAUUUGAAUUCUUAUGUGUUGAGAGUUUUCCAAGGAUAUGUUGAAGUGCACUUCAAUGGCAUGAAAUUAUGCUGCAAUUAGGAGUGGCUAUGGCUGAAGAUUCAUUACAUCACAGAAACUAGGCAGGAGUUCUGCUCUUGACUCUGAUGUUGAUGUUGAAAGAAACUCUACAAGAAUUUCUUACAAGGUUCAACUGAAUUUUUGCUCGUAUCUUUUGUAAGGGGAACAAAGAAUUUGUAAUGUACAUGUAUCAGUAUGAACUUUUCCAUCCAACUUUGAGAACUAAGCUAAUCAAGAAAAAAUUCUUGUUUUUUAAAAACCUUUUUUUUUUUUUAUACUUUUAUUUAUUAAGU